UUUCCACUACUCUGAAUGUACUUGAAGUUCUUAUGAAAAUUCAAUUCAAUUGUUAUACAAAUAUUUUCAAGACAUGAAAAGAGCUUUAGUUUAAAUAAGGUGAUAUAAAAACUUGAAUAUAUCCAGCAUUGUGAUUUAUUGUGUGACUGUCAAACUGAUGCAAAAUAAACAAUAUUUUGUAGUUUAAAUGUAUGUAUAGGUCCAUCAUUUGUUUCUCUAAUAUACCACAUUCAUUCAAAUUGAAAAAUGUGACUUCUUGUGGCAAAUAUUUUUAUACGAUUAAAAUGCAAUUCAUGUGAACAUAUUUAUUUUCCAUAAAUAUGAUUUACUAUCAUAUUUAUGAAAUUAUGCCUGUUAAAUAAAUAAAUAAUAAAUCUCUCUACUUUUCAUGGAAAUAUUCAAUGUGGGUCUAAAUUUCUGUCUAGAAAAGUUGGUUUAUUAUUUUUAUUUAUUUGUUUUACAUGUUUCCUUCCACAGACAGAAAAGGAAACAAAAAAAAAAAAGAUUCGUAAAUGUGGCAAUUUGGGUUUAUUCUUUGAACUGUAAUACAAACUAUAAUUUCUGUAAAUAAUCAGAGUAGAUUUGGACAUAAAAUUGGUAAUUAGGAAACACAGGAAUAUUGCUACAUAAAAUUAUGAAUAUAGAAAAAAAAGUCUGUUGUUGGUGAUGCGAAAACAUUUUAACUGAACAUUCUUCAAUCUUUGAACCUGAAAUAAUAUAUAUGUAUAUAUAACAAUUAUAAAUAUAUAGAUGUAAUAUAAUAAUUCAGUUGAAGUAAUUGAAGCACUUCAAUUGAAGUGUUUUCUAAAAAGAAGAAUCACUAUCGCUUAUUAAUAUACUGGUUUAGUGGUCUUGGAUGAAAGGUCGUGACCCCCACCACAUGCUGUAUUAUUAAGAUGUAGGCUGCGUUCCACUCGCUAAAAGCAGGAUUUAUUUUACAAAAAGAAUCAUAUUCUCUUCAUUCCUCACCGAGAGAGUGGAGCAUUUGGGGUUUUAUAUCGACAUUCAGCACCGAUACGUCUUCAUUCUGCCUGCAGGCUACAAUGUGGAGACGCAGCCGUUGAUAAACAGCAGAUCUAAAUGUAGGGCAUCGUUCCUGCAAAGCUCCAUCAGGCCUCCGACUGUGAAUCCGUGAACGUUGUCACAUUCUUGAGACAGCAACAAGACGGCUGUCAUGGUGUCAGCGGUCGUCUCAUUAGUUACAUUUACACAGCAGAUCCGGCUUCGCUUGUUCAAAUGGCUUCAGUGCUCAUUGAGUCGCCGCAGGAAAAGCAAGGAUUGCAAAUCCAGCACCUUGGCCUCAGGGAAUUUGUCACGCAGCUUCAGCUGUUUGUUUGUUUCAUUGUGUCGUCCCUGACUGGGAACAGCUUCAUGAACACAGGGAUUUUCUCACACCUGAAGUUGUGACCUUAAAGUGUGAACAGCGUGUCACGCAAAUAUCAGCAAUGUUGGAUACACGUGUGCAGUUAGCACAGGAUAAACACCACUUAAAGACAGCUUGAGUGAAAGCUUAAGGCCGCGGUUUAAAAGUGCGGCGUUGAGUGAGUCCACGUGGUGCAAAGGUGGGUAAUUAUUAUAAUUCACAUUGAUGUGAGCCAUUAGCGCUCGACCUCGGGGGGAAAUUGGAUUUUGCCAUUAUGAAGGUGCUCAUUGGCCGAGGCUCUUCUCUGUUGUGAGGCUGCACAGAUGUGGAUGUUGAGUAAGUCAUCAUUAACCCGCUACAAAAAGACAAAGUGGCUGGAUCGGUGAUGAGAGUAAUGGUUCCAGGCUUUUUCUUUCACAGCCUCGCUGCAGGACAAUCAGGCCAAAGCUGUUGCAAACAAUCAGCCACAUCACUCAAGUCCAGUCCACGUCCGAGUAUCGGGUGCCAGGAUGUGACACGCGCGAGUCCAGCCACGGUCCAAACAUGUGUGUCACCCUCUCAGGACGGCUCCUGCUAGUGGAGAAACAUUUCCUUCGAAAGAUGUGAUGAAUUUUCUUGACUCUACUAAGACUCUUUCAAUUCUCCUUAUAAAUAUUUAUAAUUUACAUUUUUAUAUAUAUAUUAUAAAUACCAUAAAACCUGUUAUAUAAAAUGUUAUAUGUUAUAUAAAACCUGUUAAAGUAAACAUUUUGUGGGUAUAUAUAGCUGACAUUGCCAGUGCUGUUACUAGUCUCCAUAGUUUUCCAUUCAGGUUCUCUCCUUUUGUGCCAGAGGUGGUUUAUAUUUAUCAUCUUUUGCUGCUUGGUUCAGUUGUUCACUUCCUGCAUCAACAUCAUCAGACUCAGGAACAGCCGUGGGCUCCUCAUGAUCUGGCGCCGCGGAGAAGCGUCCUGUCAUUGAUCGAUGAGUGUGACCCGAGGAGGAGGGGACUGCUGACACUGUCAUGUGCUUGUCGGGUUUGUUUACCCAAAAUUCAUCCGGGCGGGACACCUGGUUUGUUCACCUUUUGCGGAGUUUUUAAACAGCCGAAGUCGAUGGAUUUCCGAGCCCCAGUGACCAGCGUGGGCUCAGCCUGCCUCCUCCUGACCGUCCUGCACCUCUCCCUGAGCACCGAGUUGACUGGCUUGUUUGGCAGCUUCACCUCCCCCAACUACCCGGCACCGUACCCCGACAACCAGCACCUGGUGUGGAACCUCAGCGUCCCGCUGGGCCACAGGCUCAAACUCUACUUCACCCACUUCAGCUUGGAGCCGUCCGGCCAGUGUGAAUACGACUACGUCCAGGUUCUGGCGGAGGGGAAUGAGACCCUGCGCUUCUGUGGUGAGGAGAGCAAGGACUUGGAGAGCACCCCGAGGAACACCGUCAUAUUGUCGGCCAACAACCUGAUGUCAGUGGUCUUCAGGAGCGACUACUCGAAUGAAGGCCGAUUUACCGGUUUCCACGCCUUUUAUACCUCGGAAGAUAUUAAUGAGUGCCUCCCCAAGGCAGGCGAGGAGAAGGUGUGUGACCACUUGUGCCACAACUACAUCGGCGGAUAUUACUGCACCUGUAGACGAGGGUUUGAGCUCCAUCCGAACCAAAGAUCCUGCACAGUGCCAUGUGAACACCAGGUGAUCAAUGCAACCUCCGGGGUUCUAACCAGUCCAGGGUACCCCAACCCGUACCCGCCAAUGUCCCACUGCAGCUACACCAUCCAGCUCACGGCUGGGAAGCGAAUUAUCCUGCAAUUUGUGGAGCCGUUUGACAUCGAGGGGCACCCGGAGGUGCCGUGCCCGUACGACGCCCUGAAGGUCUCAACUGUUGGACAAAAUUAUGGACCUUUUUGUGGCUCUAACCUGCCGGGCAACAUCGACACAGGAAGCAACCAAGUCAAAGUCGAGUUCAGUUCCGACUCCAGCGGGAAGAACAAGGGAUGGAAGAUUGAGUUCUCCAGCGAUGAGCUUUGAGGUAAAGCUGCAGCAGCUCCUUCGACUGCCUCUCCUCCUCACGACGGUCCAGCACACCCUGGAGCUUCUCCUGAAAGUUUUCUGCCUUUGGCACGGAAAACCCAAGAGCAGGGGCCAGCUCCGAAACUGGGGCGUCGACUAAAUUCUGGAAGAAGGAAUGACACCAACAACAACACCAUUUACCAUAUGAUGAAGCCAAAUAAACAGUUUGAUCAAUUCAUAUCCUGCACAGAUUAAGCGCCCAGAAUAAAGUUUAGAGGAGUGUGAACGACAACUCCAUGGUGUGUGCAUCACCAGACAGUAAUAUUCACUCAUACACUGCCUGGCCAAAAAAAAAAAGUGCCCACCUUGAUCCUGGAUGUGCGGUUGCUGCAGUAACAUUAUAUGUGCUCAAAGAAUGAGGUCAGCUGACUACCUGAAUAUACUGAAUGACCAGGUUGCAUUAAUGGAUUUUUUCUUCCCUGAUGUCUCGGGCAUAUUCCAACAUGACAAUGCCAGGAUUCAUCGGGCUGGUUCAGGGAGCAUGAGACAUCAUUUUCACACAUGGAUUGGCCACCACAGAGUCCAGACCUGAACCCCAUUGAGAAUCUUUGGGAUGUGCUGGAGAAGGCUUUGCACAGCGGUCAGACUCUACCACCAUCAAUGAAAGAUCUUGGUGAAAAAUUAAUGCAACACUGGAUGGAAAUAAACCUUGUGACAUUGCAGAAGCUUAUCGAAACAAUGCCACAACGAAUGCGUGCAACAAGCAACAAAACAUUAGAGUGUCGGACCCUUUUUUUUUUUGGCCAGGCAGUGUAUUUGUUUGUGUUUGUGCAGAGAAUUCAUACCUGUAAGUCGGCCUCAGACAUGAGGAAAAUACUGGCCAGGUCCUGCUUGAGCUGCUGAGCCUGAACCAACCACUCAUCUCCAGCUGUGGCUGCAUCAAUGGCAUCCAUGAUCAUCGACUCUCGAGCCAUCCAGGCCGUGCCACCGUCAACUACGACCAAGACAAAAUGCACGUCACAUCAUCGCGUCAUCUAUUCUGACAUGCGCAGUUCCGUCAAGCAAGCUAAAACGCCUGGAGCGUCGAAGAGACUUUUCCCCUUCGCCACUUCCUGGAUCCAUUUGUAAACAAACCGCCACAGUAUGUUAUUUUCUACAUUUGUUUCGCAUGAUUUUGAUAUUAAUGUUCACUGACCGCAACGACUAGUAUCGAUUUACUCUCCAAUGUAAAUGCAUUUAUUAAGUUAAGUAAGGUGUACAUCUUAACCAUGUUUCUGGUUCUGAGGAAUGAAGUGCUAUGCCUACAAUAUUUUGCAAAGGCUGUUCAUUGUUUAGUUACAGUGAGAAGUGUAACGAAACUCUUUGUGGCACUGAACAGUUGCUUCCUUUCUGUGCGACGUCUUUAUAUUGAUACUUUGUAUUUUUUUUAUUUUGUGCCCCAUUAUUGUACGUUUCUAACUGUUAGGCUUUCACAUUUCAUUUACAUGUAAUUGUUUUUGGGGGUUAGUUUUUUCUCUCUCUUGUCUCAGUUGGACUCAUUACUCUUGGUUGCAUUCGACAUUUGUAAAGUACAUCAUCAUGAAUUUAUUUAAAGUCUAAAUAAGUGCAAUAUAUUCAUCAAGCCUAGAGUAAUUAAAAUGACCACUUUGUUUUAGAUUUUAAUGUCUUAUUCGGUUAUUCAAAUAUAGAGUUUGAAUUUGGGUUUUAUUAACUGUUUUUUUUUGCUAAAUGAAAGUUUUUCUCUGUAA